AUUUUUAAAUCUAUUUACAUUUUCCAACUAAAGAAUAUUGCAUUGUUUAAAGAAAAACGGAAUAAGCUUAAAAUUUAGAAAAUAAAUAAUAAUCAAGAGAUGGAUAACUGGAAAAUCCAUCUGGUUGUUGUGACUUUCUGUGCGCUGGUGCAAACCCAGCGAGGACUGUCGUCGACGGCAGAGGAGAGAGUGCCCUCCAAAGACUCGCAGAGGGAGUCAAUGGACACAUUUCUCAACAACCAGUUAGAAGGUCUGAUGAAAAGAUCUAAAGCCCUUCGCUUCUAUGGACUCAUGGGGAAGCGCUCAGUUACAAGGAAACCGUUUCAAGUAAAUAGACGAAAUAAAGGAGAGGUGUUUGUGGGCCUGAUGGGAAGGAGCAUUUCCAACAGAGAGUCUUUAACCAGGUUUAUUCCAUCUGCAACAACCGCUGCAACUCACGCUCCGGAGAAACCAUCCGAGCGAGAAGGGCCGCAGGAAUGGAUACGAAUCCUGUACUAGUGGAGCUACAAAAGAAGGGGGAAAAAAAAAUCUAUACAACUGUACUCCAACCAAAGAAGACGUUACUACGAAUGAUGUUUCUAAAAAAUAUAUACCCUGGUUAGUUCAGUUCAUGCCAACAACUGCUGUAUUCAUUUCACACAGGAAUAGUUAACAUUUUUCCUAAUGUACCUUGCUUGAAAGAAAUAAGAAUGACCUUUAAAUGCUGCCAAAUGUAAGGAUGUAUUCAAUGCAGUAGAAGAAAACAUUCACGUUAUCAAUCACACGCACCGUUUAUCAUUAACAUUCAGAACCUACGUUGAUAGAAGCAGUUUGAAACAAAAAAAAUACAGAUUUUUCUUCUUUUAAGUGUUUGACAAUAGAAUAAUUUGAUGUGAAAAAUGGUGCUGAAGAUUUAAAUGAAAGUAAAAGUAAAAAAAGUGACUCCACAGAGACAUUUAGAAAUUAAUUGGAUAAAAAUGCAAAAACAAAUGGAACACUUUUUUUUGUUUUUUUAUUGACAGCUUAUGGGUCUAGGCUACUUGUGGUUUAUGAGGCUAAAGGGUUUCUUUUUCAGUAGCCUGAGUAUCUUGAUUCUUAUGUCCCUUUGGGAGGGGUCCAUUUUAGCGAGCUUGGGUCGAUGGUUUUGUUGCUGUUACCUCGUUUGAUCUCCUUCGCUUUCCACUCAUCAAUCAGAUCCUAGAAAAAUGAAAAGAGCAGCAAGACCGGUUGUAAAAAGCAGUCCACAUAUUAAAAUCAUGCUGACAAGUCUGUCAAAAGAUAUUGGUUUUAAUAUGUAAUAAUAAUCAUAAUAAUAAAAACUCCUCAUCAUCUUACCUGCCGCUUCAGUACCAAGUGCUUUCCCUUCCAAUACUUGAGCAUCUGCAGAGACUGCAGGGUGCUCACGAUGUCCACGGGGUUGACUGCAGUUUCCUGACUAAUCUCUACACAUCAAGCAAAUAUGAAGACAGUCAAUAUCGUGUUGUAUUGUGUGUAAAUUGUAUUGAAUAUUACUCCUCAAACCAAUAAAAAUUC